AUGAGCGUGUCAAUGACAGAAUUUUCUGAUUUAUCAGAAAUACAAUCUUGUUCAGAUGAAAAAUUUGAAAAUGCCGUUGGUGGUCAAGACGAUAUUAGUGAUAGUAGUGAUGUAGUUAAAUCACCUACUAAUGAAAUUAUUCAAGUUCUGCAGCUAACUGAUAAUGAAAAUAAAGAUCAGAUUGUUAACAGUUUAUUAGAAAAAGGUCGGCAAUCAUUAAUUGAUUACCGAGCAGAUAUACCUACAGAAAUAUAUGUAAAACAAAUGGAUAGUAAAGAUAGUAAAUUAUUAGAGCUGUUGAAAACGUAUUUUCAACGAAUAUGGGAAGUACAAUAUGGUUCUCCCAAUGAAUGGUUUUCCUUAUUUUUAAAACAAUAUCAAAAUGGAGAAAAUCAUGAUUUAUAUGAACGUAUUUUAACACGUACAGCGGAAUAUGGGAACAAAUAUAUGAACAAUUGUUCAAUAUUAUCCAUUGUUUUACAACUUUUAUUUGAAGCUAUCGAUGAUACCUGUUUACAUGAAACAAAUGUAUUCAAUGAGCUAUGGUCAACAAUAACAAAUAAUGGCUUAAAAUCAGUAAAAAAAUAUGCCGAUUAUAUUAUUGAAGAUGUGAUGGAUGAACAAGUUAAUAAAAAACCUUCUGCAUUAUUUCAAGCAUUACGUGAAUAUUAUCGCGAACAGUUAUUUUCAUUACUGCAACAAAGUAAUAUCAUAUACAGACAAAAUGUGUAUGAAUUAGCAUUAGACAGUGUAGCAGAGCAUGGUUGGCUAACAGGUGUAGAAGCAAUUAAACGGAAAACAACAACAUAUGCUUAUGAACAAUUAUUAAAAAAUAUUCAUUCUUAUCAGUUACACCAGCAAGCACAAGAAAGCAAAGAGAAUAAUACAUCAUUAAUCAACAUGGAAUUGGAAUUAAUUUCAACCGAAACAUCCCCGAUACACACUGAUGAUUUUGAAACGCAAGACGGCAAUACAUCAAAGAUCUCCGAAAGCAAUGAUGCAUUGACGGAAAAUCAAAUCAUCAGCCAAACAAGUGAAUUUAUUAAUGAUGAAACCAAUGAAACAAUCGUUCGACGGGCUGAUAUUACUACACAAAUGAACUUUGAAUAUCAGCCAGUAACAUGUGUUUAUCGUGAUAAAAACAACGAAUUGAAUAUCAUUCUAAAGUGUAAACGCAUGCAAUCAAAUUUAUAUCAAUUAGAAGAUCUAGUACAAGCUGGCGAACUACAAUAUAUUAACCAAACAUUAGAUGAUAUAACAAAAAAUUUGAUUGGCAGACUUAAGAAUAGCAAUUAUUCAUUUCCAAAAUUUAUCCAGGAUUGUUUAACACCAAUUAUGUAUUUAUUAAAACGACAACAAAAUUUAGAUGAUUUUUUUACUUCACUUACAUUUAAAUAUCAAGGAAUGAACCAACCACGAGAAUAUCAAUUACAAGAACAAGCAAAUUUAAGCUUAAGGAUGUUAUUACACGUUUUAUUUAUGAAUUCUGAUAUAUUUUUACGACGAAUUAUCAUGUCAUUAUUAAGUAAACGAAAUCCAGUUCCAUUCGUUUCUUCAACUAUUCAAGUAGGGAAUCAAAAUGAACAAUAUCAAUUUAUACCUGCUAUUCUGCAUGUAUGGAAUUAUACAAGACCAACGAUCUUAUCAUUUGGUGUUGGUCCAUGUCAAGGAAAGUCAACACUGUUAAAUCAACUAUUUCAAUCAACAUUUGAACAAACAGUUGAUAGUAUUUAUUUUCGACAAACAAUUGAUAUUGAUUUUGGUUAUUCUUUUAAUCCUGAACGCACGCUAAAUAUUGCUGAUACACAUGGUACAAUUGACAAAGAAUUAUUGCAUAAAAUUCAGCCAUUAUUUAAUGGAUUUUUAAUACAAAUUGAUAAAACAUAUUUAGAUCGCCAACCGCAAAUUCUAAUUGAAUAUCUAAACAUUUUACCGGUAAACAAAUUUCAAAUGAUUAUUAUACGUGACACAUUAAAUAAUAGCUUACAAGAAUGUUCAUUCGCAAUUCAGAAUUUAUUAAAGCGAUUUCGAGCAAAUUUUUCACAAAAAUUACAUGUUUAUCCAUUGGUAAAUAUUUCCAAUACAAAUGAUCGAAUUGUUAUUUUUGCUAUUAAAGCAAUGCGUGAAGAAUUAUUAACAAAGAUUAAAUUCGAAGUACAAAAAAAUAAUAACAAAUAUGAUAUAUUAUCAAAUUUACAAAAUUUAAUGCCAACAUAUUAUGUCGAAUAUUUGACACGAUUGAAUCACAUAAUUCAACCAUUAAAAGAACUUUUAUUGCAAAAAACUAAUUUGCAAAGUGCCGGAAAUAUUCCACUUUAUUUAAAAUUCCAAGAAUUAUGUAAGCUACGACAAAAAUUGAAAAAAAUUGAUUUUUAUGGUUCAGAAAGUGAAAAUAUGUUCGAAAUUUAUGAUAAACUAAAUAAAUUAGAAAACGAAUUAGAUCCCAAUACAAAAACAUUUUCACCAAUUACAGGAGGACAAAUCUUUGAUUUGUUCAUUGAAAUAUUAAAAUCAGAUAAUAUAUUAAUGAGCUUAGAUCUAUUAUCAACAGAAUUGAAGCAUGAACUAUUGACUUUAGGUAGUGAUAAAAUAGCUGGUGAUUUGACAGUGGAAAAUGCUUUUUUAUCAUUAGAAGUACUGUGGCGGAAUGCGAUUGUUUGUUAUACUCAUACAACAAAUGAUAGAAAAGACUUGAUUGAAAGAUCUUAUUAUGAUUUUAUUGCAGCAGGUUUUCCAUUUGAAAUAAUCGAUGGUGAUAAUUUACAUUUUCAACAUCAAUUUUUAACAAAAAUUUUGAGCCGAUUCGUUUCCAAACGAAUACUAGUUAUCAGUAUCAUUGGCCCACAAAAUAGUGGUAAAAGUACUUUAUUAAAUUAUAUGUUUGGAACACUGUUCGAUGUGCGAGAAGGACGUUGCACAAGAGGAAUUUAUGGUUCAUUAGUGAAAUUAAUUAGAUCAAAUCAAAAUGCUGGUAACACUUCGGGUAGAACUCUUAGCGCUGAUAUUCCCGACAUUGAUUAUAUCAUGUUAAUCGAUACUGAAGGUCUUUUAUCCAUAGAAAAGAGUGAUAGUGAAUACGAUAGACGUUUAGUUUUAUUCUGUUUAGCUGUUUCACAUUUAGUUAUUGUCAAUAUGAUGGGAGAUGUCAAUGAAACAUUAAAAGAUAUGUUAACAUUAUGUGCAGAUUCAUUAAAACAAAUUGGCGUAAAUAAAGUGAAUCAACCCAUCGUUCACUUUGUUUUAAAUCAAAAAGCUGAUCCGAACUUAAAAAAUCAUACAGAAGCUAUCGACAAAAUCAUUCGAGAUUUUAAAGAAAAAGAAUUAGCUGAAGUUAUUGAUAUCAGUUCAAAAACAUUUCAUACACUGCCAUCAGCAUUUAAAAAAGAACGUGUAUCAAAUGAUGCUCAAAGUCCAUGUUUUAUACGUACCGAACCUGAUUUUAUUCAACGCACACAACAAUUAUGUGAAAAAAUUAUUGAAUCAGCUAAAUCAUCUUACGGACGGUCUGGUCAGACAAUAUCUGAUCCACCUCAAUGGCUUAGAACAGCUGUCACUAUAUUUGAUACUUUACAAAAGUUUCCAGAUUUAACAUAUUUUAAAGAUAUUAAUGAACGCCGACAAGAUGAUCGGAUACGUCAACAUAUUGGUGAACUUAUAUCAAAAACAUUACCAGCAGAUUAUCGAAAAAAAACAAUAGCUGAUUUGUGUGAACUAGCAGAAAAUGAAAUAAGAAAACAGUUGCAAGCGAAAUUCGAUGUACAUCAAAAUGAUUUGGAUAAUGAUUUAAAAAUUAUUUUUAAAGCUACCAGUGCACCUGAACGCAUUAGAGACAGAUCUAUACAAUUUUUGAGACGACAAGUUACAGAAAUUAGCAAUGCAUGGUGUACAGCAGCGUUACAAGCACAUGAUCAAAAACAAAUGGAAGUAUUAGUUCGAGAUGGUUCUGAUGACCUCCGAAAGCUAAUUGAUGAUUUAAUUAAAAGUGGACAAACUAUGACAAAAGAAAAAGCUACAGAAGAGUUUGAAAUAAUGUGGAGCAGAAAGUUAGAAUCAAUUAGCAGAAGUUUUGAUCCACAAGAGCGAUUGAAACAAGCAGUCAAAUUUGUUUAUGGCAAUUAUAACAUUUUUGAAAAGCAAUGCUUACCAUCUCAUGAACACAUACUUCAUCAUUUACCAUUUAUUACUCAACUGAGUGUAAAAUCAGAUAUGAAACUUAUGAUUGGUCCAAUACAAUCACAUUUUGCUCAAAAUGCAUCUGGUCAAAAACAUGGUGCUUUGGAGAACCGCUGGAUACCAUCUAGUACAAAUAUCACAUAUACAUUAGCUACCAUCGACAACUUUAGCUAUCUAAAUAAACAGAUACUACAAGAUCAUCAUAUAGCUAGAAUUCUGCAUCACGGCAUCUACUCCAUGCAAGGAAUGGAUCAAAACGAACAAAACAGGCAAUCGUAUAAAAGACAAAGCACAACGUAUCAAAACCAACAAACUAGAAAAUCACAUAAUAGACAAAACUCGAAGCCCUCAAGAUUCAAUCUUCUGAAAGAAGGUGCUAAUGCUGUUUCGCGUGCUUUUGGUCUCGGGCAAUUAACAACAACUUCAACUGAACAAACAACAAUAUUUAUCCAUGUAGAACCAUUAGAAUAUGAUUAUAUAGAAGACAUCCAUAAUACAAUUUACAAUGAAAUGGAAUAUAAACCAAAUGCAAGGUCAAAUGUAUUAUGUUUACCAAUAUUAUUUAAUAAAAUAUUACAAGACACAAUAGCAAUAGUUGAGGGAAACGGUACAAUUCGUCGACCAAUUGAAGUCGAUUUAACACAAAAAAUUGUGGGUUUAAUUAACACAAUUAUAAAUGAAAUAAAUCUUGAAUUACUUGUAUUCAGAUUGUCAUUAUCUAAACAGACAAAAUCAUACAUCCAUACUUCUAUUAUAAUAUUAUUAACAAUGUUUUAUUAUGAUGAACAAAAACAUCACUUUAAUCAACAAAUUUUGACAUUAAAUAAAGAAAAACCAUCACUAUUAACUUAUUUUAUUAGUAUGGUUGUACCAGAUGCCCAAUGUGAUAACGAAGGAGCUGAAAUUUUUGCAAAUAGGGUGAAAAAUGCUGUACAAUCGAGUUUAGUGCGUGAUGCGCAAAUUAUAAUAACGCGUAUCAUUGAAACACAACAACAUUUAAAUCGAAAACAAAUUCAAAUANAGAUAUAUCAUGAACACUAA